AUGAGUGAUUUUAUUCCGUUGAGGACUAAAUCUACACCCGCAACACAAUUAAACUGUAAUGCUCCUCCAUUUAAAAAGCGGAAGGGAGUUGAACAACCAAUUGCUGUUAAACCAUUAAAAGAAGAAGAAACAGAUAUUGUUAAACAGAAAGGACAACAAACAAUCGUUACCCCAACAGCAACACCUAUAGUUCAUGAAAUAACUCCAACAACUAAUUUAAUUCCAUUUGAAAAAAUAGCUUCAUCAAAAACAUGGAAAAGAAGUAAACCUGUUGAACAUAAAGUUAUGAAAAACGAAAAAACUAUUGGAGCAACAAAACAAAUAGACAAAAAAGUAAACUUAGAAAGAGACGAAAAAAAAGGCUCAGGUCCAAUUAAAUUUGAACAACAAACAUUAAAAAAUGCAUUUUUUGUUAGAAGAAAGAAAGAAAAUAAGGAAGAAAAUAAGGAAGAAAAUAAAACUACCUCUAUUCCUUUAAUUGACGAGGAACUCCAACAAAAUGAAAAAAAAAUCAUCAAAGAAAAAAAUAAUCCACAAAACGAACAACCAACAAUGGAAAAUCAAAUCCUUAUAACUGAAGGAAAACCCCAGAAAGAAGAACCAAAAGAAGAAGUGAAAGAAGAACCAAAAGAAGAAUUGAAAGAAGACACUAAAGAAAAAGCAGAAGAAAAGAAACCUGAAAGUAAAAAGGAAAAGAGAAAUAAAAAAAGAAGUUAUAAACGUGAGCAUGAAGAAGAACAGAUAGAAGAGCAGGAAACCUUUGAAAUUCCUCCUGAAGAGGAUGAGUGGAAACAAGUUGACAAAAGUGGAAAAGUCAGACCU